CAGCAACAAAUAACAGCCUUAUCCAGGAAGCUAAAAGGGAACUGUGUAAAGAAAAAAAGUUCCUAUUUAAAGGUUGGGGGAGGGCUGUGCUAUCACUUUGCUAACAGACACAUCGAAGGCUUGACACAGCCGGCUUCCAGCAGCGAAAUAAAUUACAUCCAUAAAACGGAGCCACGCUUAUUUGCUUAGGUGUCUUGUGGGCUGGAUUCGAGGAGAGUGGAGCAAUUCCCCACACGGCUCAGGAAAACGAAAUGUUCAGUGGGCGUCCUCCGAUCCCAUGACCGAGCCAGCUUUCUCUUUUACACCCAGGAACUCGAGAACAGAUUCCAACAAGCUACCGCCCUCUGAAGGACAAAGGCCAGCCCUGCAGGAGUCUGUCCUGCGCUUUUAACAUCAUUUCAUCGACAGGGGAUAGACUCCGUAACGGCAGUGUAUCACACAACACUGUCUGCUACACUGUUCUUUUAAAAUAUUUACAUAUGGUUGUAAGAAUAAAGCCCACUAGAUACGACCACACUUGAUUCUUAUAUCAUAUGCUCCUUAAAGUGGGCUAUUUGACAAAGAGGAAGUAGAAGAUUCAGCUCCUUGUUACAGUAGGUGGCAUAGAACACAUCUGUUUUAUUUGAACACUGUUAAACAGUAAUCUGAUUACAUGCUUCACUUCUGUGUUGACUAAUGGGCUUGUAUGCUAUCAUGUCAGGUGGACGCAAGAGCUGUAGGACUGGACAAUGAGUACUUCCAUAUUGGAAGACAUUUUCCUCAAACGAUCCCAGCAAAAGAAGAAAACAUCGCCACUGAACUAUAAGGAAAGGCUGUUUGUUCUGACAGCUGACAAGAUCUCUUAUUAUGACUAUGAUAUUGAGAAAGGGAAAAGGAAAGGUCUGAAGGGGUCAGUGGAUAUUGACAAAAUCAAAUGUGUAGAAACCGUGGUGCCAGAGGAGAACUGCCACUCUGACAAAAUGUUUCCUUUCCAGAUUGUCUAUGAUGAAGGCCCACUCUACAUUUUUGCCAAAACGGCUGAUAUUCGAAAGCAAUGGAUCCAUAAGCUGAAAGAAGUUGUGAGAAACAAUAAAGACCUGGCUCAGAAAUUUCACCCAUGCUUCUGGGUAGAUGGCCAGUGGCUUUGCUGUCAUCAAGAAGUAAAGCAAGCCUUGGGGUGCAGAGUGAUUGAGUCUAAAAAUGUAUGUCGUCGGAUAUCAAGGAAGCCUCUACCCCCAACUCCAAAGGAAGACGAGGCAUGCGUCAGACAGAAGGCAUCAAGGCCCCUCCCUCCCCAGCCCACCCCAUCUCCUGCACCGCCCCCUUCUUCGGAAAAGACUGUGACGGCGAUGUACGACUAUACUCCCAUGAACCCACAGGACUUGCCGCUGACCAACGGGGAGGAGUACACCAUACUGGAAAUGUCCGACACUAACUGGUGGAAGGCCAGAGACAGACACGGGCAAGAAGGUUACAUACCUAGUAACUAUGUGGUAGAAGCUGGGAAUGAGCUUGAAAAGUAUGAAUGGUUUUGCAAAAACAUGAACAGGAGUCAGGCUGAAAACCUUCUGAAAAAAGAGAACAAAGAAGGAGCAUAUUUAGUCCGAGAUUCCAGUAAAGCUGGGAAAUACACUGUCUCUGUGUUCAGUAAAGCUACCGGGGAGGCUGGGGGGAAUUGCAGACAUUAUAACAUUUGCACCACACAGGAUGGACAGUUUUACCUGGCAGAGAAGCACUGCUUUGGCACCAUCCCCGAACUGAUCCACUAUCAUCAACACAACAGCGCAGGGAUGGUAAGCAGACUGAGGCAUGUUGCAGCACUUGAAGAGCGCCAUGCGCCCUCUACAGCUGGAUUAGGAUAUGGGGUAUGGGAGAUUGACCCACGUCAUCUCACCUUCUUAAGAGAGCUUGGCAAUGGGCAGUUUGGAGUGGUGAAGCAUGGGAAGUGGCAAGGCAAGCAUGACGUGGCCAUCAAGAUGAUCAAAGAAGGCUCCAUGUCAGAGGAUGAUUUCAUUGAGGAAGCUAAGGUCAUGAUGAAGCUCCGUCACCCCCAUCUGGUCCAGCUGUACGGUGUUUCCACGAAGCAGAGGCCCAUCUACAUUGUGACUGAGUUCCUGUCAAACGGCUGCCUGCUCUCCUAUCUAAGGGAGACCCUCAAACGGCCUCAACCCAUACAACUGCUGGAGAUGUGCAAGGAUGUCAGCGAGGGGAUGGCCUACCUCGAGUCCCAGCAGUACAUACACAGGGACCUGGCUGCCAGAAACUGCUUGGUGGAUGACUAUGGGACUAUCAAGGUGACUGACUUUGGUCUGUCCAGGUAUGUCCUGGAUGACGAGUACACCAGCUCAGCUGGGACAAAGUUCCCUGUCCGCUGGUCACCUCCUGAGGUCCUUCUCUACUGCAAAUUCAGCAGCAAAUCGGACAUCUGGGCUUUUGGGGUCCUGAUGUGGGAGAUCUACACCCUGGGGAAGAUGCCCUUUGAGCGCUUCAACAACACAGAAAUCAUUGAUAAACUCCUAUCUGGCUAUCGCCUGUACCGCCCCCAGCAGGCCAAUGAGAAGGUCUACAGAAUCAUGCAAGACUGCUGGCGUGAGAAAGCAGAGGAUAGGCCUACCUUCGAGGUGCUUGUCUCCUACAUUCAGGAUCUCCUGUAUGAACUCCAGGAGGAUAAUUCUGAGAUCCAGACCAGUUGGCGUUUUCCUGAGAUACUUUAAGACACUUUCACAAUAAUGAACUUUCCACAACACAGAGAGAGGCGGGAUGGAGUUGCAGUACUCCACAGGAUAUAUGUGAAUAAAAUAUCCUUUAUUUUAUUUUUUUUUAAAUUAAGACAUUUUUUAAGUGUUACAGAAUACUACGUAUUUAUUUAAAAUAAGAACCUCAAAAGUUUCAAGAAUCUCUGGUCCAGCUGCUACACCAUUAGUCUCAGUUGAUGUAGGAAACACCGCAUUUGUUCAAAGUGUUAUUUCUAAGUGAUGUAGGCCUGUUUCAUCCAUCCACUAGGGAUAGAUUAGUGGUUAUACUGGUGUAUCAGCUGAAUUUAAUAUUUCAAAAUCCCAAACAAGUUGCUUUUCAACCCUAAAUUAAUUCAGCUUCAGUACUGGCUAUUUUUCUAGGUGUCAUAUGCACCAAACCUAUAUUUUAAAACAACUACAAAAAUAAAAUAUUCUACGUGAGGAAGUAACAAAUUAUAAGGUUAUUACAAAAGAAAAAAGAAUAUCAAAAAAAUCUGUUAGCUUAAAAAAAAAAAAGAAAAAAAAAAAGGUUUUGUCUUUUUAACUUUGCUUUGUUUGCCUUGGAUACCAUCUCUUCAGUUAUUUAUUUUACUUGAUGCCAUCUCUAUGCCAGAAUAUUACAAUUGUCUAAUUUGUUUGCUGCCUGGUUAUUUUAUGUGACAUUUCUUACCUGUUUAAUAUCUUAUUAUGUGUGUUUUGUAUAAUAAUGUAUUACUGUGUCUGCAAAGAUCCUUUGGCUCAUGUAUAAAACUACCACAGCUUUAAAAUGGUUUUUCAGAAGCAGCCCCUAACCAGAGACGGAAAUUGAAUGAUACAUUUUAUUAUAUAUCUAUCUAUCUAUCUAUCUA